AUGUUUAACAGAGAUUGGGGAAGCUUGUGCAGUCAACAACCCACCAACAUUACUGCUGAAGAAGCCAAAGCAACUGGUAUUAAGUUGUGUUUUUCUCAGAAGUAUUCCUGUCAUCGUUGGGGAACCUAUGAAUCUAAGGCAGCUUUGCGUGUGGUUCAAAAGCAAACAAAGAAAAACAAGUGUUCUGCUCUUCUUCAUGUGAAAGGAUUCUUUAAGACACCUGAGUUUUAUGAAUUUGUUGUUACAAAAGAUCAUGCAGAGUAUACUCCUGGUGAUAUGCGUAGUGAUAUUUGCACCCUUCCUCUUGCAAAGAAAUAUCUUCAUGAGUUGGCUCAGCAAUUAGAACAGUCGUCAAAAUCUACUAGUCAAAUUAGAAUUGAUAUGUUGAGAGCUGUAGAUCAAUAUGGUAGAAAGUCUGAAAGAAAAGUUAACUAUUAUGAUAUCUGGAAUUUGAUGAACAAAAUCAAUAAAAAGCUGUAUCAUUUUGACAAAGACCAAAUGACUUCUUUCUUAAUCUGGAUGAACAACAAACUUCCUGCCUUAAACUUCAACAUCUUUAAGGCAAACACUUCCUAUUCUCCAGAUCCAUCGGCCUUUGCAUAUGGUUUUAUGUCACCCGUUCAGCAAGAAAAAAUGAAAACCGCAACUUCUUUCUGUUUGGAUACUACUCAUGUAAUCUCUAGCAACGUGAAUGAGAUUCUUUAUACCCUUUUGGUGCGUGAUGAAGAUAUUGGUAGAGGAUGGCCUGUUGCCUUUAUGGUAACCAAUGAUCAAGGUUUCUUGAAGAGAUCUUCUUUGCUUGUUGACUCAAAGCAAUUUACUAUUGAUUGUUGUGCAGCAGAAGUUCACGCCAUUCAGACAACUUUCCCUGCAACAUCCAUUCAAUUUUGCAUCUUCCAUGUAACCCAAGCAUGGAACCAAAAGUUAUCUGACAGUGUGAAGAUUCCCAGAUCCUUACCAUCAGAGGCACGAAUUUUACGCGGUGUGAUGAUGAAGUCUCUGCAAGAGAUCAUUUAUGAAGAAGACAUAGACAAGUUUCGUCAUAAAAUUGUACAGUUUAAAGAAGACUUUGACGACCAAGAAAGCUUCUUGGAUUACUUUGAGAGAAACUGGUGCACAGAAGCAAAGUUUAAGAUCUGGAUUUUCAUGAAAAGAUCUAGAAACAAGAGACUUAAUAAGCUUGUUAUUGUUUUAGUACAUGAUGUUGAGUAUUUUCUCACCCAAGAAUAUGAACAUGUCAUGUCAAACAAUAGUCCAAUGAGUUCUUUUACUAGACAACAAAGAAUACGUGAGAUGGAAGCUGAAGAAGUUGAUGAUGAUGACAGGAAAAUGAUGAUUGUUGCUCCUGGUACUGCAGAAGAUGUAAAUUUGCAAGUUUGGUCAUUUGUAAAUGAGAAUAGAGCAUAUGUCGUUCAGAUUGCAGAGCCAAACUUGAUUAUUUUGUGCACUUGCUUUGAUUAUCAGCAAAGAUAUAAAUCUUCCACAAUCACACCAACUAUCAGUCAUACAUCUGCUUUUAUACAGCAAUGUAUUGACAUCAAUCAAACACUUUGGUAUGCAAAUCAAGAUCUACUGACUAUGCAACAGUAUAUGACUGAAGAUGAUGGUCAGACUUUGUUUGAUGCAUAUCAACGCUCUCUACAAGUCUUUCAGUCUAUAAAAAACAAAUAUAAAGUUCAUCUUUGCAGAUCUCAUACACAAGAAUAA